ACGUGUAUUUAUCGGAAUCCGGAACCAGUUGUCGUAAAUACUGUCGUAAAGGUCCUAACGUUAAACAGAACCAGGAACUUCACCGCCCGGUUUGUUUUCAUCCUUUGAAAUGGCCUCAGCUCCAACACCACAACUGACCCUUACUGUUGAGCAGGCCAGAGUGGUGCUUAGUGAGGUCAUCCAGGCCUUCUCUGUACCAGAAAACGUUGCACGGAUGGAGGAGGCAAGGGAAAGUGCCUGCAAUGACAUGGGGAAGAUGCUGCAGCUUGUCCUUCCUGUAGCCACACAGAUUCAACAAGAGGUUAUCAAAGCCUAUGGCUUCAACAAUGAGGGAGAGGGUGUACUGAAAUUUGCCAGAUUAGUAAAGAUGUACGAAACUCAGGACCCAGAGAUUGCUGCCAUGUCGGCGAAACUGAAGUCCCUCCUGUUGCCGCCCCUGUCCACACCACCGAUUGGAGGGGCCAUACCAGCCUCAUGAGGAAUGGAAUGUCAGAAUGGAAUAUCAAAAUGGAAGCUUGUAACAUUCAUAAACUGCCAACUGGCCAUUUGAUUGCCCUUAUUCAUUGUAUCAGUCGUUCCAGAAGCCUGCCUGCACUGCAUCCCAAUUUCAUUGUUUAAAUCCAUGUUGUAAGUAGUGUUUUACCUUUUUACAUUGAAUGCAUAAUUGUAGUGAGGUUGCUGGAAUGGUGUUAUGGUCACAGUAUUUAUUUAGCAGGUUCCAGGGCUCCAGAAUAACUUUUUUCCCUAUCCUUCUCACACUCAUUGGCCUGCUACAGAUGCCGGAUUCGAUGACACGCCCCUUCCCCGUUUAACGUGUACAAAUACAAAGUCUAAAAAGGGCAAAAUUCAGUCGCACUCAAAUUUUGGUCGCAAAAGAGGACCAUUUGGUUGCAGUCUGGAGCCCUGGGAUAAAUUGUUUGUCAUUCACAAUAACCCACUUAAAUGCCAUCAUUUUAUAAUGUGUCAGAUAUUGACAAAUGUCUUUAUGUAUUAAAAUUGUAAAAGAUAACUUUCCGUCUGUUCUGAUCAUCAUGCAUCACAAACCAAACUGGCACCAUUAUAAAUGUAUACAUAUAACUUUAUUAUUGUGACUCGACGUUUGGAAACUGUUUAUAGGUUGUAAAUUGUUAAAAAUUAAAUAGCAUCUCGUCUCUCACCUUUCACCCACUCACACAGUGAAUACAAUCAUACGUUUUACCGGGCCAGCAUAUAAACUUCACGUCCAGCCCCUCCCUCUGUUGUGCAUCGAGUUUGAGAACAGAUGUGACAUGCGUGACUGGAAGUGUUCAUAUAAAUAAAAGAUUCAUAGAUAUACAUUUACACACAAAAUAUCAUAGUGCCUCAUAUUGCUUUGCGUGGCCCAGGCCAUUUGAAAGAGAUGUGGUUCUCGUGCUGCUCCCUGUGGAGGAGUGGUCCUCAGUCCUUUCUGCUCGGGGAUGGGUCACAACAUUUGAAGGAAGCUUGGGGUGGUUGAAGGUGGUUGAUCACAUCUCAAAGUGGCGAAAGAUGCCUUCAAUGUAUCCCAGUACCCUCUGCCAGUUGGGUCCGUCUGCUUUGAGCAUCUCCUCCACCGUCUGCCACAUUGCGGUCAUUUAAAGCAUGUCACAGAUAAACCCCCAAGGUUCUAAUGUUAAGGCCUAUA